GGUGAGUGACAUCAUACAGGAACCAGUAGAGGGAGCUUGACAAACCAAGAUGGCGACCUACGGCGAAGCAGGAAAGAGGUUCUACUUGAAAUAAAACUGAUUCUUAAAGCAGUUUUUAACGUAGUGCCAACGUGAUUGGGCGUCGUUUGGAUUUCGUAAGGAAGAGACGGAGUCAAUACCGGGACUAAAUGGCUGCGAGGAAGUCUGGAUCAGACGUGUAUAACAAUGGACCCAUCAGCUACCUUGAUGAUGUUCCCUUCAAAAUAAACGACAAAUUCCGGCGUCCAGCUAAAGUGGGGUUACCCGUUGGUUUCCUUAUGCCAGAUUAUGGAGCUGUACUUGCAGACACAAAGUAUGACUUUACAUUGGAGAGGCGAAGUGUUCGCUGGGGGAUAGAACUUGCUGACGCCAGAGCAGCAGCAGCCAGAGCGGAGGAGGCAGCAGCCAAGCAGGAGGCUGAGAGCAUGGAGUCUCUGUCUCGGGAUGCUGACGGAGGUGGGGGGAACAACCUUCGCUCCGCGGUAGAGGACCAGGACCUUCUGCCGCCAGCCCUGAACCCGGUCCUUGCUGGACUCAGUCACAACGCCAUCCUCACUCCACUGCCGGCCCCCAGACUCGGCCCCAGAAAAUCCCAGGACAGCACUCCACAGCCACAAAACCUCAACCUAGCCGACUUUGAGCGGGAGGAAGACCCGUUCGACAAGCUGGAACUGAAAACCCUGGAUGAUAAGGAAGAGCUGAGGAACAUUCUGCAGAGCCAACCUCAGCCUCCGCCCUCUGUGUCUCCACCUCAGCAAGGUUCAGUAUCUCGUGGAGACAGCCCAUCUCCGCCCAGCACCAACACCAGCAUCUCCUCUAAGCCAGGCUUCACUCACAAGCCGAACGGCUUGGUUGCCUUGCUGGAUAUGGACAAAGUGGGACAUCCUGGAAGAGCGGGCUUUGACACGGACGAUCGGCCUUGUAACAUCCGCUCUCUGACAUUCCCCAAACUCUCCGAUUCUGGUGAACCGGAGUCGGUAAAGUACAGUCCUGUUCCCGUUCCUUCUCCCCGACGGAACCUAACCAACAGCAGCCCGCCAGCAUUACCAAAAACACAAGUCAUUGUCGCCCCCGAGCCAUCCAACCACAACAAGAGUGGAACGCCAAAGCCGGCCAACCCUGGAACAGGAUCUACUGGUCUGCCGUGCGGUGGAGCUCUCCUCAGCAUGACGCCCAGCGAACGUCAGUGUGUGGAGACGCUUGUGGGAAUGGGUUACUCUUAUGAGGAAGUUUUACGGGCCAUGCAGAGACAGGGCCAGAAUGUGGAGCAGGUAUUGGACUAUCUGUUUCUUCAUGGUCGUCUGUGCGAGAGAGGCUUUGAUGCCAGCGCUGUGGAAGAGUGCUUAGAAAUGUACCAGUGCUCAGAAGAAAAGGCCUUGCAGUAUCUUGAACUCAUGUCCAGAUUUGGUGAAAUGGGGUUCGAGAGAGACGCGAUCAAGGAGGUUCUGCUAGUCCACAACAACGAUCAGGACAAGGCUCUGGAGGAUCUGAUGGCCCGCGCCGCUGCGAGCUGAGCCCAGCCGGCGGGGAAGCCAAAGCUCUAACCCAGGCAUCUGUCUCUGCUCCCACCCUGAAGCCCCUUUCCCUCUGCCUACCUUAUCUCACUACGCCCCGCCCUUUUUGCCUUGGCUGUGGAAAGGACACCCGGGAGGCGAUUUCUGUCUGUGCUAAAACAUACCAUGCCUCAGCACAUCUGAAAGUUUGUGUGCCUAGAUUGGACUGAGUUAACAUGUACCAAUACUAAAUGCUCAUUUCAGGUACUGCUGUGUUAUUGGAGUAAAUGACUGAUGCUGGGAAAUGUGGGCUGUGGCGCCUCGACGCCACUCUAAUUUGCUUCCUCUUGGAAGUCUUUCAAUGAAUGCAGGAGAAACUGCACAAUUAAACGGGGGAGGAGCUAGCGGUAGGCUGUGUGCGCCUCACGGGAAGACCUGUGGGAACUUAAACUCUUUGAUAAGACAGCUGCCAUGUUCCACUGCUCGCUGCAGACUUUAAAAUGGUGAUGGGAGCGGAGAGGUCGAGAGAAGACCCUCUUUUCUAAUUGAACCAGCUUACAGUGAAAGGCACAAUCACAGAACAGAGCUGACUCUCAAGAAGUGCCCUCUGAGCUGUAGUGCCCAGGACCUAUUUCUGUUCUUCUUUAUGCUUUUCUUACAUUCAUGUCUUAUUUUUUUUCUGUUCAUUUUGGACAUCAUUUUGUCUGUUUAAAGGUUGCAUUUAUUUGCUUUCUGUUUUAGGAAUUGCAUUAUAGAUCAUUAGUCAUGAAAACUCUGAAAAUGAAAGUGUGCCCUGUUGCACUCUUCCGCCUGCACUGGAAAGAAACAGUGGGAAAACUUUUCCCCCUAAAAGAAAUACAAUAUAUCUCUUGCCCCAAUGUCACUGAUCAUACAACGCACAGGCGCACAUGUGUUUCAUUUGUUCAGAUCUUAUUUAAAAUAGUACACUGACACUUUGAUUUAAGAUUUAUUUGGAGUUCAGCUUGAUUAUGUAAGAUAUGUUGACGUACAAAUGCAACGCUGUAGAACUGUCCUGAGCAUCUGUUUGCAGACUGAAAGAGUGAGGGGCAACAAAAAAAAAAAAUAAUAUAAGCGAGGGUUGUUUGUUUUUCUGCAGCCAAAUUACAGUGCAAUAGACGCAUUUCAUGUUGUAUGACUGUUGACUUGCACUUUGAGCCUCCAAAAAUGUUAAAAGGAAUGGUCUUUAAAGCCUUACUGGAAAUGUGGAUGAAAGUUUCUGUUGUAUUGAUUUCUAUCAUUUGUUUUCUGUCACUGAAUUUAAUAUGACAAAAUUUAAUCAAGCCUGAGGUUAGACUCUUGAUUUCCUCCCCCAACCCCCGUGUACUUUUUUUUUUUUUUUUUUUGCCCCUUACCUACGCCGGGUUAAAUUUUUUUUUUUUUUUUUCAAAGGCAAGCCCUCUUUCUACACAAGGCAUGGGCCGGUUUGAGAUUGUGAUAAUCUUUAAAAAAAAAAAAAAAAAAAAAAAAAGAUACUACCAUUGUUCCCUGUCAAGAAAUGUAGUAAAUGUGUACAACAAUCUAAUUGCUUUUAUUCAAAAAAAAAAAGAUGAGCAAUAGUUAUUCGUGUUGCUAAAAUAAUCCAACAGAUUUUGUUUUGUUUUUUUUUACAAUUGUAAUCUAAAACAUUUUAUAUUGACACACACUGAAAAGUAACAAAAUAAUUGGCCAAAAUUAUAAGGCGAUUAGUUACAAAAUGCAGUUCUCAUUAGACACAAUUUUUCAACCUGCCCCUAUUGUUAAAUAAUGAUUUGACCAUUGUUAACCUUUUCUUUUCGGUCCUAGUUUCAUCUGCCACACCUAGGCCCAACUGCUGCCAGACUUAAUCAUUGAAUUACUUAAAUAGAACCUGUCGGGCAACAUGAAGUAGGCUAAAACAGCACAUCAUGCUCUCAUCUGAAGAAAUCAUAGAGCAAAUGAGAAAACGAUAUCUGUAUCAUGACAUCUGGAAAGGGUUAAAAAGCUGUUUGGACCAAAGGUGAGAACCAAUAUUAAAACAUGCAACAGUGGGUCGUGAACCGUCCCAUUAGAGACAUGCCUACUAAAAUAAUUCAAAUAGCAAGUUGAUGAGUCAUCCAGGAAGUUGCAAAAAAAAAAAAAAGACAUCUAAUGCACUAUGGUCCCCAUUUCCAUCAGUUAAAGUCAGUGUUCUUGAUUUAAGCAGUAGGAAAGACCUGAGUGAAGUUGGCUCCCUCACCUUCAAAUCUAACAAAAUUUGGUGUCAAAUGUUUGUGCAGUAAAAAUAUUAAUUUGUACUGCUGUUAUAGUAAAGAUAUUAAUACAAAAAAGGUUUCUAGAGCCCACCAGCACAAACAUAGCACAAAUGUUUGACACCAAUUUUGAUAGAUUUGAAGAAGCUGUCCAUAGUGAUAUCAGUGAGAAGGUGCCAGUGCCUGAGCCACUGCUGACCAAAAAGAUCCUGAAGGCCGUCUUUCAUUUGGCACUAUAAACACUGAUGAGAUCCAAGAGUUAUAGGGAAAUGUUCUGUAAACCUAUAAGUGUGUCAAGCUAAUGGCAUCCAGAGAAAGAAAAUUAUACCCACAGUCAAAUAUAAUGGAGUGGUGUACGGUGGUUUAAGUAGCUGGAAAUGUUGCGCUUGAUGAAACCAUUCAUUUUGCCCUCUAUCUGGAAAUCCUGUAAGAGAAUGUCCAACCAUUAGCUUGUGACCUUGGGCCCAAGCGCACUUGGAUCAGUUAUCCAAAGCACAGCAAUAACUUAAAAAAAAAAAAAAAGAUUUUGGAGUGAAGUUUGGAUUUAAACCGAGGGCAUGGCAUCAAAACUUCACCAACGAGGCAGAAUUAAAAUGGUUCUGCAAAGGAGAUUGGGCCAAAAUUCCUCCAUUUCAAUGGAAGACUCACUUCAAGUUACCCCAAAAACUUAACAUUUGCAGUAAGCGGUGAUACAACAGCGAUACAACAAACUAUAAAGGGGGCUAUUAAUUUUUCACUUUAGGAUCAGGUUAUUUUGAUAACUUUUAUUCACUUAAAAAGCGUAUUUUGCAUUUACUAAGGUUAUGUUUGUCCUGUGUUAGAAUUUGAUGAUCUGGAACAUUUAAAUGUAAAAACAA